UUAGUAAGGGCAACUAUUGUUUCAUAAACCUUUUGUUUCGAUUGUAGGUACUGGACAAGUGUACUGGACCAUGAUGUCAAUUUUAUUUCCGUCUGUGAAUCGUGGGUUUAAAAAAGUUGAAAAGCUAUCUGUGUAAAAUAAUGAUCUCUAACACUGUAUAACUUUCUUAAAAACAACCUCGUGAUUUUCUCACUACUUCUUAUCCUUUCCGGUCUCCAUCCUCCAUUCCCAUCCUUCAAUCCCUCCCAAAAAAGGCAAGCUCUUUCACACUUUUUUAGUGGUACAUCACGACACCUUCCUCUGUGUGAUCUUGUACUCUGCGGUCUUCCUUGCCCCCAUAAUCAAUGCUACACUUCCUAUCCCUUCUCUUAACCUAAUGCCAUUCACGUUUGCAGAAUCCUAGACUACUCUUGCUAAAAGGACCUCAGAGGUCAUCUGGGCCAGCCCUGCCCUUUUAGAGUUGAAGAAAUGGAGUCCAGAGAAGUAAAAUCUGUUGCCCAAUGUCACACAGUAUUGAAGCUUAGGAAUAGGUCUCUUGGCUCCCACUCUAGUGUUUUUUGCUCCACACCGGUCAUUUAUCUCCUUCCCUUCUAUCCUCCCUGCAAUCUUUAACUUUAGUCUUGGCCCAGGUCAUCCUAAAUAUUGCCAUCCCCAUAAUACGUGGUUCUGGCCAUGCCACGCUCCUGGCUAACAUCCUCUAAGGACUCAACCUCUGCAGGUGGGGCUGAGUGCCUUGGCUUUUCAUCAAGGCAGGCGAGUCCUGACUUAGCUUUCUAAGGACAUGAGUUCAGCAAGUCACUGCUUCUCUAGCCAAACUGGUUUAUUUGUAGCCCACUGCCAGCUUCACCCAUCUCUGUCACUGUGCCUUUGCCCAAGCGGUCACUUUCCCACCCACUUUCCCAGAGGGGUGCCUUCUCCAUCUUCUCUCUUUAACCAGAUUCUACCUGUGCCUGGCUCACCUCCUCCACAAAACAGCCCGAGAUAGCGUGGGAGUAAGUCAGACCUAGGUUCAAAUCCUAGCUCUUCCACUUAACUAUGUGAUCUUGGUCAAAUUGCUUAACCUCUCUGAGCCUCAGUGUCUGUAUUUUGAUUAUGAGAAGGAGAACAAUAGUAAUGUUCUCCUUUUGCAUCUGUAAAUCUCUAUCAUAGCCUUCACCACACAGGUAUGUAACUCCCUGUUACAUGCAUACCCUACAUGCAUGUCUCUCUGCCCCUUUCUAGUGCUGGCCAUUAGAACUUGCUGCCAUAAUGGCAGUGUAGCUACUUAUGUCUGUGGAGCACAUGAAAUGUGGCUAGUAUGACUGAGGAACUGAAUUUUUAAUUUUAAUAACCAUGGGUGGUUAGUGGCUACCAUUUUGGACAAGGUGUCUCUAGACUGUAAGCUCAGUAAGGACAGAAACCAUGUUUUUCUUGCUUUGGAUUGUAUGUCCAAUAACUGUGCAUUGCCUAAUGCAUGGUGAGUACUGCACACAUAUUUGUUGAAUGGAUGAUAGCUGCAAUUUGUUGCAUGCUCCCUUGUGUCCAGCACAACACUAAAAACUCGAUAAAAGGCAUUUCAUAUAGUCCUCAUCACAGCCUCUGAGGCUGGGUUAGAUUAGAGAGAGAGUUUUGUAUAGAGGGCAGACACAUAGUAGCGGUUCAAUAAAAGUUAUUAUUAUUCUAACUCCUCCCUCUGACCAGCCCCACUGACUUUUGUCUCAUCUUUCCUUAGGCUCACAGAACAUUUCCUGCCUAUUGCUCACACUCUGUUGUCCACAGCAUACCCGCACCCUUGAUGGCUGACUCGUGUCUUCUGUCUCUUUAUUUUCCAUGUGUGAGCCUGUGGUUUAUCUCUGGAGGAUGUGCCUGAGGGAGGAGACAUAUACUGCCUGGACUGCCUGGCUGAUGUGAGCUAGUUUGUCUGGUUGAGUUGGAUGUUUAAAUAGAAGGCAGAACAACAACAGGUACUCCACAUCAGCAUUCUCAAGACUGGAGAAGUUAGGCCUCAGACAUCCCAAGCCUUCUCCUUUUAUUGGAAACUUGACAUUUUUCCGCCAGGGUUUUUGGGAAAGCCAAAUGGAGCUCAGAAAGCUGUAUGGACCUCUGUGUGGGUACUAUCUUGGUCGUCGGAUGUUUAUUGUUAUUUCUGAGCCAGACAUGAUCAAGCAGGUGUUGGUUGAGAACUUCAGUAACUUUACCAACAGAAUGGCGUCGGGUUUGGAGUUCAAGUCGGUAGCCGACAGCGUUCUGUUUUUACGUGACAAAAGAUGGGAAGAGGUCAGAGGUGCCCUGAUGUCUGCUUUCAGUCCUGAAAAGCUGAACGAGCUUGGCCUUUUAAUCAUGCAAGAGAGAAUAAAAGGUCACAUGGAUGGCCAGCAGGCUCCACAAAGAAUUCCACCCACCCGUUUGUUGAAGCCGAGUGGUAUCUAUGUGAAUCUCCAUUAUGCCACUCUACCUUUCUGUAUGGUUCCCCUCAUCAGCCAAGCCUGCAACCUUCUCCUGGCUCAUUUAAAACGCUAUGCGGAAUCUGGGGACGCAUUUGACAUCCAGAGGUGCUACUGCAAUUACACCACAGAUGUGGUUGCCAGCGUCGCCUUUGGCACCCCGGUGGACUCCUGGCAGGCCCCUGAGGAUCCCUUUGUGAAACACUGCAAGCGUUUCUUCGAAUUCUGCAUCCCCAGACCUAUCCUGGUUUUACUCUUAUCAUUUCCAUCCAUAAUGGUCCCACUGGCCCGGAUUUUGCCCAAUAAGAACCGAGAUGAACUGAACGGCUUUUUUAACAAACUCAUUAGGAAUGUGAUUGCCUUGCGGGACCAGCAAGCUGCCGAAGAGAGGCGGAGAGACUUCCUCCAAAUGGUCCUGGAUGCCCGACAUUCUGCAAGUCCCAUGGGCGUGCAAGACUUUGACAUCGUUAGAGAAGUUUUCUCCUCUACUGGGUGCAAGCCGAACCCUUCCCGGCAACACCAGCCCAGCUCCAUGGCCAGGCCUUUGACUGUGGAUGAGAUUGUGGGCCAGGCCUUCAUCUUCCUCAUCGCUGGCUAUGAAAUUGUCACCAACACACUUUCUUUUGCCACCUACCUACUGGCCACCAACCCUGACUGCCAAGAGAAGCUUCUGAGAGAGGUGGACGUUUUUAAGGAGAAACACAUGGCCCCUGAGUUCUGCAGCCUCAAGGAAGGCCUGCCCUAUCUGGACAUGGUGAUUGCAGAGACGCUGAGGAUGUACCCGCCAGCUUUCAGAUUCACACGGGAGGCAGCUCAGGACUGCGAGGUGCUGGGGCAGCGCAUCCCCGCAGGCGCUGUGCUAGAGAUGGCCGUGGGUGCCCUGCACCAUGACCCUGAGCACUGGCCAAGCCCGGAGACCUUCAACCCUGAAAGGUUCACGGCUGAGGCCCGGCAGCAGCACCGGCCCUUCACGUACCUGCCCUUCGGGGCCGGCCCACGGAGCUGCCUCGGGGUGCGUCUAGGGCUGCUUGAGGUCAAGUUGACACUGCUCCACGUGCUGCACAAGUUCCGGUUCCAAGCCUGCCCUGAGACCCAGGUACCGCUGCAGCUAGAAUCCAAAUCUGCCCUAGGUCCAAAAAAUGGUGUCUAUAUCAAGAUUGUAUCCCGCUGACACAGAAGGCUGCCGGGUGGGGGGAGGGCACCCCCAAAUUCAAAGAAAACCCUAAGUGUGGAUGUUCAGAAUUUUGGAAAAAUGUCACUGAAGUGACUGAAAGAGUGCCUGGCACGCAAGGUUAAGAGGUUCUUUACAUAACAUUUCCUAAAUGCUUAAUAAACAUUUGUUGCACUUGG